AUGACGAGGCUACGCCUACCAAUUGGUGCUACGGGCAGAGUGGAAGCCUUGGCGAUUGCCUUCUUGCUAUCAGGUCAGGGAAGGGGCUUUGCGCCAACUUCAGACCUCAGGCGGUCUAAAAUGCGAAUUUCAGGUCACUUCGCUCAAGUCAUUUGGAAGAAGACACGACACGCAGGAUUCGGAAUGGCCAAAUCGGUGGACGGUAGACGAGCCUUUGUGGUGGGGCGUUACAAGCCUCGAGGCAGCAGAAGAGCGUACUGGCAGGAGCAAGUACCACCUCCGACUGACAACAAAGUCUACAUCCCCACCUCGGAGGAAAUGGUUGAACUAUACAAAGAGGCGAUGGCUGAAAAAUCCGAGGAUAAGGAGAGCUGUGAGGACUACGUGAAGCGCAUUCUGGAAGCUCUGAAUUCCAUCCGGGUGGAGAAGAAGUUGUCACCACUUUUGCUGCACUCUGUAAGUUCAUUUUAUUCUCCUCUCCCCUCCAUUUCAUCCCUCUUUUGA